GAAUUUGAGGGGAAUAGUUUUUAACUAAAGUUUAAUCCUUAAAAUUACUAAAACUAAAUUCUAAUAAUUGGCAUAUUGACAUAAGUCUAUUUUAUUUUAAUAAAUGCCACGGAAAAGAAUUUCCCCUUUAUUUAUAUUGCAAUAAUGAUUGGGGGUUGGAUAUUCUUCUUUCCUUUUGACGUGUAGUCGUGUAAUCACGAUUGAGGUGAUGUUCAUACGGAAUUUUUGAAACAAAAUUUAACAAUGCACAUGGUUCUGAUAGUCACGGAAGUAGGAGUGACGGGUUAAUUUAUUCGCGUGUAUGGACUGGGACGUAAACGAGAACUAAAUGUAAAUCGCUUAACAGGUAGUAUAUUAUCCACUGCUUAUGAUCCGGAAACAUCCGGAUUUUAGCAGUUAUCCCGUAAACCUGUUGGACAUAGGUUGGAUCAGUGGCCCUUGUCGUGCGCCAUAUUGCGACAAAAGUGACUGGAAACUCCUUGGAUUGUGAGAAUUUAGUAUUUUUAUCUGAAAAACAGUUUUAAAACUGCAAACCGAAGAUGUCUUCCUCGUAUAAUAACUCGGAGGAGAGCUCUUCCGAUCGGAAUGUCGAAAUCUGGAAGAUAAAGAAGCUUAUCAAGAGUCUUGAAAUGGCUAGAGGGAAUGGCACGAGCAUGAUUUCUUUAAUCAUUCCACCGAAAGAUCAAAUAUCAAGAGUUAGCAAAAUGUUGGCUGACGAAUUUGGAACGGCCUCGAAUAUCAAGUCACGUGUUAACAGACUUUCCGUUCUGGGUGCUAUUACGUCUGUACAGCAUAGGCUGAAACUUUACACAAAAGUGCCACCAAAUGGCUUGGUGAUCUAUUGUGGCACAAUUGUAACAGAUGAAGGGAAGGAGAAGAAAGUCAACAUUGACUUUGAGCCAUUCAAACCAAUCAACACAUCGCUGUACCUUUGUGACAAUAAGUUUCACACGGAGGCCUUGACUGCUCUUUUGGCUGACGACAACAAAUUCGGUUUCAUAGUGAUGGAUGGCAACGGUGCGCUGUUCGGAACGCUCCAGGGAAACACGAGGGAGGUGCUUCACAAGUUCACCGUCGACUUGCCCAAGAAGCACGGCAGAGGUGGUCAGUCUGCACUGCGUUUUGCACGAUUGAGAAUGGAAAAAAGACACAACUACGUGCGGAAAGUGGCGGAAGUAGCCACAACUUUAUUUAUAAGUAAUGACAAGCCAAAUAUUGCGGGUAUUAUUCUAGCCGGUAGUGCUGACUUCAAGACUGAGCUUAGUCAGUCGGACAUGUUUGAUCCUAGAUUGCAAGCUAAGAUAAUUAAACUGGUUGAUGUAUCCUACGGUGGUGAGAAUGGUUUUAACCAGGCUAUCGAGUUGGCUGCAGAAUCCCUUCAAAACGUGAAGUUUAUCCAAGAAAAGAAGCUCAUUGGUCGGUACUUCGACGAGAUCAGCCAGGACACGGGGAAGUACUGCUUCGGCGUGGAGGACACACUCCGGGCGCUGGAGCUGGGCUCGGUGGAGACGCUCAUCUGCUGGGAGAACCUGGACAUCCAGCGCUACGUGCUCAAGAACCACGCGACGGGCGAGGAGAAGAUCCUGCACCUCACCCCGGAGCAGGAGAAGGACAAGACGCACUUCACCGACAAGGAGAGUGGGGUGGAGCUGGAACUGGUGGAGUGUCAGCCCUUGCUGGAGUGGCUAGCCAACAACUACAAGAGCUUCGGUGCCACGCUGGAGAUCAUCACGGACAAGUCGCAGGAGGGCUCGCAGUUUGUCAGAGGGUUCGGUGGAAUUGGAGGACUCCUUCGAUACAAGGUGGACUUCCAGAGCAUGCAGCUGGACGAUCUGCUUGCUGAGGAGUACGAUAUCGACGACUAUUAGGCAACAAUUUGUGUGUGGAGGACUCGUGGCUCAAUGCUGGAAGUGCACAGCGUUUGGACCGAGAAUUUGCCUUAGUCCCCUUCGUAUGAAGAAAAUAAAAAAACAUGCAUUUCCAGUAUUUAUAUUUAUAGCUCUUUUUUUUUUUAAGUUCCAUUGUACAUAACAUGUAUACAGUUUUGAGCUUUCACGUUACAUAAUGCAUUGAUUGUUUUGAUCCCAAAAUUAAUUAAUCAGGUAUCAAUUGACUAUGAACUUUAAGGUGUAACAAAAUUUUAUUUGUGCAAGUUUGGAUAAUCAUUAAAAUUAAAAGAUUAAUCACUUUGCAUUUAAAAUUAAAUUUCUAUUUUAUUUAUCUGUCCAAAAAAAUAUUCCAAUUGGAGUAUUAAUAAUUUACUAUGUAAAUUUUGGGCAGUGUGUUUGCUAGAUGCAUUACUAUUUUGUUUCAAUAAAUUUUUGGUAAAAGAUAA